AUGAAAACCGAAUAUCAUCACCAUCAUCACCCGCACCAUCAGUCCGCUAACCCGGCGACGGUGGCCGCGUUCGGCGGGACGCCCGUGGCCAUGAUGUCUGCUGCCGCCGGUGGCCAGGGGCUAAUGUCUGGGGUGGACGCGGUACGAAACGGUGGCGGCGACGGCGGCGGUACCGGAUCGCAGCAGCUGAACAUGUUGAACCAGUCGCCGGUGGUGACCAGGUCGCAGAUGAAUAGUAGCGCGGCCAUGCUGUUGAUGAAUAACACGGGCCGGACGAAUUUCACCAACAAGCAGCUGACUGAGCUGGAGAAGGAGUUCCACUUCAACCGGUACCUGACCCGGGCGAGGCGGAUCGAGAUAGCGUCCGCGCUCCAGCUGAAUGAGACCCAGGUGAAGAUAUGGUUCCAGAACAGACGGAUGAAGCAGAAGAAACGGCAGCGGGAGGGAUUGCUGCCCGUGGCGCAGCAGCACCAACAGGAAAUUCACCUGAGUGGCGCGAGCAGCACGAGCAACUCGCCGACCGCCUCGUCCAACGUGUAA